GCAAAGGCUCAAACUCUUCAGCCAAGGGAAAAGGCAAGGGCAAAGAGGCCAAGGAGCGAGAAGAAGGCAAAGCCCAAGGAACGGCCCCGUUUGGACGGAGAAUGCAUUGGGUGCAGCCCCAAUACCAGCAACCUGAGCACGACACUGUGUUUGGCGAUGCAGAUGCUGCCUUUGAUUUGGAUACGGAUGCAUUGGCAUCCCUGCUCAACGGUACCAGAACAAACACUGCGCCGAAGAGUCGUGCCUCACAUCAAAAGAAAACUGAAGGGAUAAAGGUUCUCGAUGCUUCAAGGGCACAGAACAUCGCCAUCGUUUUGAGCAAGCUUCCAGUGUCGUCCGAGGACGUGUGCGAAGCGCUAGGGACACUUGAUUUUUCUCGGCUUGCUCUUUCAGAUGACAUGGUGGAGCUACUGACGAGUGUACUCCCGACGCCAGAAGAAACACAAAAGCUGCAGAGCCACAAGGAUUGUCCGGAGCAAUUGAGGGACAUUGAGCAGAAGGUGUUGCCUUUCUGUUUUCUGCCCCGGGCAACUGCUCGCUUGAGACUUUUUCGGUUUGCCGCUUCGCACGCAGAAAGUGCAGCAACGUACCUGCAACGGUGUCGCACCCUUGAUCUGGCAGCGAUGGAAGUCAAAAGCAGCCAAGAGCUGCGGAAGGUCCUGGCUCUGAUUCUGCGCAUUGGCAACUACAUCAACCAUGGAAUGAAGGACAUGGGUGGCGGUGCCUUUGCUUUCUCCAUUGAGACACUAGCUGCCAUUACAAGUUUUAGACUUGGCAGCAUGUCCACUCUCCAGUUUCUUUGCGUGACCUUUCGCCGAGCAAAUCCAAGUUUCUGUGACCUUUUACAGACGAGUCUAAAGGAUGUUCCAAAGGCGGCCAGGGAGAAGAGCCUGCAUUUAAAGUCCUGCAUCCAGGCCUUCCAGAAAGAAGCUGACUUCGCAGAAAGGGAGGUGUCCUUAAUGCCGGAGGAUCAGCUUGCUUCAGAGGUCACGAGCAGACUUCUGCAAGAUUUGCAUGCAGAAGCUCUUGAGUUGGAGAACUCACUGGCGACAGCCUUUGGUAAGUGCGACGAGGUGCAAGAAUACCUUUGCACAUCCGAGGACAAGGCAAACGAUGCGGCUCCACCUCCCUACGAGAAUUUGUUCUUGCACCUGUCCGACUUCCUUGAGUCCUUUCGGAAAGCCUGGAAGGAGACGGAACCUGUUCCCAGUCAAAAAAGCCGGUUGCAGUCGAAGCAAAAGACACGCCAGCAGCGGGAACCUUCCGAGAAGCUCCAAGACGGCGUGAGCUCGAAGAUCAUGGCCAAAGCUAGUCUGCCGAUUUGCCGCAGGGCCUACCCUGACUCAAAGGAACCAUUGCCAGAGCGAGAAAGUGCGAAAAGCUUGCGGCAAGUUGAUGCUGCACAGGAGCUGGUUUCCUCCACGCACGCGAAGCAGGGCCCCUUCUGGGCGGUGGAUCUUGAUGUAGAAGCACUGCUCAGUGACAUUUUCGCAAAUGACGGCGAUGGGGAGGAGGUGGUUACGUCAGAAGCGACACCAGGAUCAGUUCGUGAUCAUUCAAGAUCCUUUGGGUGUGCAAGCACAGACCAAGCUAGCAAGAAGCACUUGUCCGGCAAACCCUGCAUACAGGUACGUGAAGAUGUCAACGUAGAUGACCUGAUUGACAGUAUCUUCGACUAG